GGGUAAAAUGCGGACUUUGGCGAAUGUUUCUGGUAAUUUACCAUCAUCUCUGAGUUUCAAGUUGUCUGCAGCCAUUAGGGAUACAACUAAUUCUUCACGAUCAGUGUGAUAGCUUAAUUCGAAUUGUACUCGCCCUGAUACUUUUUCUUUUAGUUGUCUCUAAAAUAACACACAAAAGAUGUUAGAACCAUUAGUCUUUUAGUUUUGUUUUGUUUUUUUUUUUACAAAGAAUUGUUUAUAGAUUUUGUGGUUUUGAUACUAAUAUGUUGUUGAUUGGCUUAUCAAUUGAAUUGUGAAGUUUCUGAUGUAAUAUAAAAUGCUAACAAAAUAUCGAAAUAUCGUCCAGUGAAAAUAUGUGACAACGAACAAUAAUAACUCAACUAAAACUUAAAACUAAACUCAAAAUGCAAUGGCAAAUAAAUUCAAACAGCACGAAAAACAAUAAUAUUCGUCUCCAAUACGUUCUAGUUUCACUUUCUUACAUUUGAGCAGUUUUGACGCAGCAACCGUCACGCCAUCCAAAUGUGGUGUUCAAAGGAUGAAACAUUGUCGCCGAACGAUUCGUUUUGCAAAUGUCACUCAGCACAGCGGCUCAUUGGUGUAGGAACAUUGACAAGAAAUUGGCGCACAUUUUUUUGAGUGAACAUUCAACGAAAAAAGGCAAUUUUUUUGCGAAAUAGUUGCUUUAAUUGCGAGACCAAAACCCUUUUACAGUUAUUUCGCAAUUUUGAGGCGAGAUCUGCAUUGAGACAGGGAGACAGAAAGCAAACGAAGCCUGAUCUAUUCAAAUCGUUUGGAUUCAUACGAAGUGGACUUAUUGUGACCGAGAUCCAUCGCGAUGGCGAGGCGUAAGCGGCACAAUAAGACGUUUGGUAAGCCAAGGGAGAACAAAGUCCAGAUGAAAAAGCACUCAAUUGUGAAGAAAAAACGUGUCAAUCGGAAAGAAGAUCCAGAAAAACAGUCGACAGAUAAUGGCACAAUCGAAAUCGGCGCGAUCAAAUUGGCAUUUAAUUCGAUAAUUAAUCCGAAGUUAACAGAAACAGAAAGAGGAAUUUCUGAUCCAUAAGUUCUUCGAGAAAUGUUUGAAUGCUACGAAAGUCAUGCAUCUUGCAUCGAUGUUAAUGCUCUACACAAUUAACGAAGCAUUUGAUGAUGGCAAUUUGGACUUCUUCGUGAAUCAAAACGGAGCAAAUUUGAUUACAGACUGUUUCAACUGUGUCACAUCGAACAACAUCAACGAUCCACUCACAGCCCAAAUGCCAGACGCAUUUCUCGCGAUGGUGACCCAAGGUAGCCCCAACUUUGAAUGGCCACGCCGCCAUCAAAUGACUCGCCAAGUUUAUGCUCUCAAGGACCAGUAUGUGGCCAAUGUGAAGACAAAUUUGGAGACGCACUGUUAAGUGAGAUUGACCCACUUUCUACGUGUAAAGUGCCAUGAAUUCAAUCACAAAGGAAGCCCACUUGGCGUUAUUUAUGAUGCAUCAUACUUGCCUUUCGAUGACAUUGACAUUCGAAAUACGAUGAAAAAUAGCAUGUUGCAAUUUACUUUUGAAAUGUACCUCACAUUAGUUCAAAUGAAAGCCGUCAUGUAAUCAUACGAACAGCGCUCAAAUCGUUUUGUAGAAUUUUCAUACAAAAUGACAGUGAGGCACUUUUGCAACAUGCUAUUUGAUGUACAAUGAAGAUUGGACUUAUGAUGAUGAUGAAAGUCGAAAGUCGAAGAUGGAAAUACUGUUUAAGGAAGUGUCUCAGCUUUGUGGCCCAUCAUUCGUAAAAUACUUCACAAUGUACGAAUACAUUCAAAAGGACUGGUUCGAGUCUUUGUGGAUGUGGAUAGGCAUGCAACGAAUUGUAGAGAAAUUUUUGAUCGAUACGGCUCACCUUCGUGAACAGUGGAAAGCAUACGAUCGUGAUCCAGUGAACAAUCGAGAGCCGUCGGUACCGAAGAUACCAAAAGUGAAGAAUUUCGCCGCUAUUCCACUCUGUGAUACAAAACUGAAGCACAUACCAUUCGACCAUAAUGACUUGAUUGAUAUCAUUGGCCAGUUGAGAAAUGAACGGGGAUGGGAUAUCCGUGCUGAUUAUCGUACAUACUACAAGCAAGGCGAGAACAAAGACGAGGCAUGGGGAAUUGUGUUCGAUAUGGACAAAAUCAGACAGCUCAGAACCGGUUCGAAAGAGUUUUACCACAAAAUUCAAACCAACAGUAGUGCCGUGUCGGUGUUGUUUAGCAGACCCAAACGCAAAGGAGCCGGCGUGACUCUGUCUGAAAUCAAAGCAAAGUACGAAAAGCCAGUCAGCAAAGGCGGUUACAAGUAUGAGUCAGGAAUUGAUCCCGGCCAGAAAACAAAAAUGGCCUGCGUGCGUCGGACUCUCGCUACUGGAAUUGAAACCAACAUCAAAUUAUCGAGUAUUCAAUAUCACUGGGGUGCGCGACAAGGAAUGCGCGACAAACAGGCCACGAAAAUGACCAGAAAGUACGUGCUCAAAGAACAGCGCGACUUGAAAAGCUAUCCGAUCACAUCCGUAUCGCCGCGAGGAUCACAAUGGAAAUCAUUCAUUAAGCACAAAAUCAAUAUGCUGACAGAUUCAUUGGCUACAUACGCCAGAAGAAAAUACGCACAGCUAUCGUUGCACAAGUACAUCGAGUCUAAUCGCGAAAUGGAUUUGAUGGCUAAACACAUAACAAACAAUGAGACAGGAGUUGUAUACCUUGGUGAUGCGGCGUUCCCAUCAAAUUCGAAAAUCGGUGUGAAAAGAACAAAACGAUCACCGGAUCAGCGAAAGUUCAUAGUUAGCCUAAAAAAGAACGGCAAAACGGAUGUUGUGCUUACACCAGAGCCGUAUACAUCACAAACCUGUGCCAAUUGCUUGCGGCGAUUUCCAAGAAGCACAAAAAGUGACCGAUUCAAAGUAUGCAAAGAUUGUCGCCCACACAAGGAUGUGAGACUCCCACCGAUUAUCGUGACUGAUCGAAGCAGACGGCGCAAGCAACGUGAUCGAAAACGAAAUGCCAGCCAAAAGCCAACAGCAAAUGUAACUAGAGCCGAAAGAGCUGAAAAGCACCGGGAAAACCGCCGAAGUGAGCGUGAAAGCCACAAUCCAGAGCAAUUGGAUACCGAAGAGGCAGUGAGACGGUACAAUCGACGCAUACGACGGCGUGAACUACGUCAACGACGUCGAGUUGCAGGCCAUCGCAGCCGUAAAGUAACCAAACAACCGGAAGCGGAAUCCGAUUUGCCAGGUUUUGUGAAAAUUGGUGACACAAGUAUUUGCAAGAUUCGUGUCAAAAAUCGUAAGGCCAAACGACAAUUAUGGCAGCGAAUACAUUACGAUGCAACUGAUAAAGGAAUUGGGUUAUUGGGGUCAAAGAAAAUAGCCUUCCAGAAAAACUGGCACUCAAGCCCAAUGAAUGAUCAGAACGCUUUUACUGCUACUUGGCAUCGUGACAUCUGUGCGGCGAAGUGCAUCUUGUACAGAGGCCGUUGUAUGGUUUUCGACUUGAAUGUGCACGAAUCAUUUGUGUUACCACCAGAAAGGAUUUGGCCAAAAUGUCGAGAUGACCAAUCGAGUCGGCCAAUCAAAUGCUGUCGAUGAAAAGUAGAGCGUAGAUCAAAAGAAUAAAAUAAAACAUUAACGAUUAGUUAUUAUCAAAGCUUGAUUUUUGUGGCUUUGUACAUAUUAAAAUGUGUGUGCAAAUACACGAUGUAAUACGGCUUAAGCCCGUAGGUAAGUUGUUGUAAGAUUUUCUCAGUCAGUUGGUCAAUUUCAAUAUCCACACCAAUAUUUACCAAAGUCAUAAAUGGACCUAGUUCAAGUGAAGCGUACAGUUGGAUGAUACUCGAGGUGGGUCCAUUUAUGACCUUGUUUCACACGUGAUUUGUUAUUUUGUUAUCAAUUGAUUCAUAAUCGUUUUUAUAUCUUUCUAAUUGAUUUGUUUUUACCGUUUUUUUCUACUUCCAUUGUGACGUUAAAAAUGACUGAAACUACACACAAAUGCGGGCCCUAAUUCGACCGUUUACAUACGCUUGGUAAUGGAUGUAUUUGCGUCAACAAUUGUUUCUUGGGUACAGUAAGGAAAUUCAAAAACAGAACACCACAUUGUUUAGAAUGAGGAUUUUUAAAUAUACACAAUACUGAAAGUAUAAAAUGAAAAACGUGAAUAUCUGAGCCGGUAAUUUAUCAGUAAAAAACAAGCGAGAGUGCAGUCAAAACUACUGUCCGUGUUGAAGUAAUUCAGAGAUCGUUUUUGGUUAUGUAAAGUUGCAAAUUGAUAGUCUUUGUUUGCAUUUUCUGUAAAAUGAGUGGAAUGCCUCUAGGCAAGGUGUUCAUCAAAAUGGAUUUGCUUUUCGGUUGGCUCGUGCCUUCGAGCGCUACUGUUGAACAUUUGCUUGAGAUUCGUUUGCUUGUUGCAUAUCUAAUGUGCUUUCUACUGGUUGGUUCACCUUUUUUUCUCUAAUGUUUUGCUUUUAUUUUAUCUGUUUGAUUUUUAAAGUUGAUUUAAAGCAGACUUUUUUUUGGUUCAUGUGUGGGAGCUAUUUGGAUGAAUGUUCCAUUUGUUGCAUCUACUCACCGACAAAAGAGAUUUUGCACCGAUCUGAAUAUUUCAUCACGGCUCAAUCGUUUUUGAAUCACAUUCGAUUAUUUUGUAUGUUUUGUCAUGAUUUGUAACGUUCAGUAUUUCGUCUUUGCAGAAAAAACAACAAAAUAUGGGUAAGAAAGAAAAGAAUAGAAGAAGGAGAAGAAAGGAGAGAGUGAGAAAAAGAAAGAAAUUGCGUAAUAGUUUCAAGCAAAUCGAAUUGAAAAAAAAAGCACAACAAUAACACACAUUUGGUAACUUAAAAAGGUUGCGGCCUUUAUUGGUGGCAAACGCUCGAGUAAACGAUAGAGAAGCCACAGCAUAAACUCAAACAAAAAGAAGACAUGUCAUCACAUAUUGUCAAUAUAUUUGUUUUUCCGCCAAAAAUGUGUGUUUAGAAUAUCGAACGAAGGUUAAAUCAUACGAGAAAAAAAAACAACUGGUUGACUCAUCGAAUAUAACAUUGAGCUAAAUAUUGCGCGACACAAAACACAAUUUUAUUAAUAUACUCGCAAUGGGUGGUGACAAAGAAGCGGCCAAAAUGUAAUCACAUAAGAACGGAAAAGAGUUCAUCACAGGAAGAGACAGGUAGAUGUGUAGAUAGAUAGAGUAUAAAGUAAACUAAAUAUAAUGAAAAACAUCAACACAACGAUCGAACAAAAUCGAUUGACUCUCUCGGACUGACACACUUUGUUUUGUUAAUAAUGUAAACGAUGAAAAUUACCCAUUACCCCAUUAACAUUAACAUUUUCUAAUUCUAAUUUGUCAAAAUGAUACAUUCUCCGGCCAAAGUGGGCAUUAUUGGCAUUCCGCGCUCUGAAAUGUAAUGCAUUGAAAACGUGAAUUACGGGAUGGAGUGUGUAUGCGCUUCGGAAUAGGUGACUAUAUCGAAAAUGUGGCCAUGUUCCCAAAAUGCCACGCGGCAGACAGACACAUCGACUUGUUUCACUAUGGAAAUAGGAUGUGACACCCUUUUUUAUCGUAGCCAAAAAAAAAAUACUGAACAUUUUAUUCGAAGCGUCUGCACUGCAUUUUCAUCGCACCGGAAUGCAAAUUACGCCCUCAAAAUGCCGAAUCUUGCAGUAUUUACGAAUGAUGAUGUUUAACGACAAUAAAAAAAAUCGAAACAACAAAAAA